GAGCGACCGAGGCCUCUUCCUCCUCUUCCUGAGGCCGACGACGAUGGCUCCAACGGUCGCCCUCCUCCUCCUCCUCCUCCUCCUCCUGGUGCUCCUGCUGGGGGCCUCCUCCUCGUCCUCGUUUUCCCGCUACGAAGCCAGCUGGGAGUCCCUGGACUCCAGGCCUCUCCCGGAGUGGUUCGACGGCGCCAAGCUGGGCCUCUUCAUCCACUGGGGGCUCUUCUCGGUGCCCAGCUUCGGGAGCGAGUGGUUCUGGUGGUAUUGGCAGAAAGAAAAGAGAGAACCUUAUGUAACGUUUAUGAAGAAAAACUACCGUCCUGGAUUCACUUAUGAAGAUUUUGCCCCUUUGUUUACAGCUGAGUUUUUUGAUGCUAACCAAUGGGCAGACAUUUUGAGGGCUUCUGGUGCCAAAUAUGUUGUUUUGACUUCAAAACAUCAUGAAGGUUUUACUCUGUGGGGAUCAAAAUAUUCAUGGGCUUGGAAUGCUGUUGAUGUUGGACCAAGACGAGACAUUGUCGCCGAGUUAGCAUCAUCCAUUAGAAAGAAGACUGACUUACACUUUGGGCUGUACCAUUCCCUGUUUGAAUGGUUCAAUCCUCUCUUUCUUGAUGAUGCUGCCAGUGUGUUCAUGAAAAACCAGUUUCCAGUUCACAAGACACUCCCAGAGUUGUAUGAACUUGUGAACCAGUACCAUCCAGAGAUCCUGUGGUCAGAUGGAGAUGGUGAUGCCCCAGACACUUACUGGAACAGUACUGGCUUUCUUGCAUGGCUUUAUAAUGACAGCCCUGUUCGGGACAUAGUUGUAACAAAUGAUCGCUGGGGAGCUGGCACAAUUUGUAAACAUGGAGGAUAUUAUACUUGUGCUGAUCGAUACAAUCCAGGACACCUUUUGUUUCAUAAGUGGGAAAACUGUAUGACAAUCGACAAACUGUCAUGGGGAUACCGGAGGAAUGCGCAGUUGAGUGACUACCUGACAAUUGAAGAGCUCAUAAAGGAACUUGUAGAAACAGUAUCAUGUGGGGGAAAUCUCUUGGUGAAUGUUGGGCCUACUCAUGAUGGUCGCAUUCCUAUCAUUUUUGAAGAGCGCCUGAAACAAAUGGGGACUUGGCUGGCAAUAAAUGAGGAAGCUAUUUUCAACACUAAACCUUGGAGAGCCCAGAAUGAUAGUUCCACCCCAGGAGUAUGGUACACUUUCAAACCAAAAGAAGGCAUUCUAUAUGCUAUUUUCCUUAACUGGCCAGAUUCAGGAACUCUAGUGCUUGGUGAACCAAAGGGUAUUAUUGGAAAGACAAAGGUGACACUUCUAGGAUAUGCAAAACCACUGCCAUGGGUCUCUUUGGUGGGGAAAGGAAUGAUAGUGGCUAUACCUCAGUUAUCAUUUAUUAAGUUCCCAUAUCAGUGGGGCUGGACUCUAGAACUGACUCAUGCUUAUUAGUCAGCAACAGACUUUGAUCUUAUCAUCAUAGAUGGUAUCAUAUCCUAAGUGGAUAAUAAGUCCUCAACCACUAUGGGGCACAGGUCCUGCAAAUGGGACACGGUGAUUAACCUGAAACAUGAAAGAUGUGACCCAUUGAUCUUCAUCCUUAUCCAGCUUUUCCUGACAUCUUUCAAAGAGAGCCCACAUGAAAUACUUAUGUACUGAUCAAGACUGAGCAAGAAAUAGAGGUAAAUCAAUAAUGUGCCAUAAUUUUAGAUGUUCACAAAAGGAAGAAGCGGAAAAUUAAAGUAUGCAUAGUGUUAGGACUACUACAGAAUCUUUCAGAGUUUGGGUACCAUUGCUCCAUUCCUGAAUUUUGAAAUAAACCUGGCACACUGAA